AUGGAUUACUCUUCGAUGCACCAGAACAUGGUGGGAGUAGUAUCUUCACAAGAUUAUCAGAACCAGAAGAAACCAUCGCAGGCGUUUAGGCAAGCUCCACCGGAGCAAUCACUGAGAUGCCCUCGUUGCGACUCCACCAACACAAAGUUUUGUUACUACAACAACUACAGUCUCUCUCAGCCUCGCUACUUCUGCAAAUCUUGUCGGAGAUAUUGGACUAAAGGAGGCAUCCUAAGGAACAUACCAAUCGGUGGUGCUUACCGGAAACACAAACGCUCCUCCUCCACCACUAAAAGUCUCAGAACCACCCCUGAACCAUCGACGGUGACUUACGACGGCAAAACAUUCCCGGCGGCGAGUUUUGGCGGUUAUAAUAACAACUUGAACAAUGAACAUAUGGAGCUUGGGUUAGCAUUGGCCUUUCUGAACAAGCAACCUCUAGGGUUUCCUUCUGAAUUCGGAAGCUCUCAGUCUCCGAUGGGCAUUGAUGGUGUGUUUGGGACUACAAGUCAGCAGAUGGAGAACGCGGGAUAUGCGUUUGGAAGUGGUGGAAGCGGAUUGGAUCAGAUGGCGAUAACUGAUCCUAACAGGGUCUUGUGGGGAUUCCCGUGGCAGCAGAUGAACAUGGGAGGCGGAGGAGGAGCUGGUCAUGGUCAUCUUGAUCAGAUUGAUUCAGGGAGAGAGGUCUGGAGUAGUACUAUCAAUUAUAUUAAUUCCGGUGCUUUACUGUAG